AUGAAUGAUCACAUCGAACAUGCACAUGCACAUAAAGCUGGAUCGAAUUUGAUAUUGAAGUCCAAGUUUGAUGCCAUAGAGCAGAAGUUGGCAGAGCAUGGUCUGGCAGUGUUAAAUGAAAAUUGGGAGAAAAAGGAGGAUAAGGAUGGAAAUCAGGAUGAGGAUGAAAAUGAUGUUGAUGGAAAGGAUGAGAAUGAAAAGGAUGAUGAGGGAAAAGAUGAUGAGGAUAAAAAAGAGGAUCAGGAGGGAACGCAUGAUGCGGAUAAAAAUGAGGAUCAGGCAGGAAAGGAGGAUCAGGAUACAGUUUCCCCUGUUAGACAUGACGAUGAUGUUGAGGAUGCGGAGGUAGUUGCUCGAUUGAUGGAUCUCACAGAACAAGUGUUUGAACAGCCAAUGACAGACAAAAGUUCAAUUGGAGUUGAAGAGAUUCCAAAAGCCAACUACACAUUUACACGGAGAACAAAAAGAGGUUCCACAUCGAGACGUGCAAAUAUAUAUAAUCUAAUUCGAAAAGAGUCUCAAUCACAAGAGACAAGCACGAACCACAAUCUUGAUGGUCCUUGGCCAAUCAAUUUAAAGAGGGCUGAGGAUACAUCUUAUUUGGUGGUUGGUGGAACGAAGAUGUACAAAAAUUGGUUUAUCAACGCAAUGACACCCGAUUACUGGUUGACAGACCAGCAUAUGGACGUGGCAAUGUACCUCCUCAUGAAGAGGAUCAAGCAAUACCCUGCCAUAUUCAAUAAGAAGGUUGUGCUGUUGGACACUAUAUUCACUGACAAACAUGAAGUCUUUGAGCACUAUAUUUUUGGAAAAAACCCUAAAGGGUCCAUACCAUUGAAUGGUGUAGAUUACAUUUACUUUCCCAUGAAUUGGAGAAAUAUCCAUUGGGUUGCAAUUGAGGUUGAAGUUGCCAACAAAUGGAUCAAUGUAUAUGAUUCCAAAAUUUCAAUCACCAGCAAGGAGGAUUGCAAUAAUCAUAUGAAACCCUUGAGGAAUAUGUUGCCAUACAUCCUUCGUUUGGGUGGGAUUGAUACAGGAGUCGCCCCAUGGUCUGUUCAUAGAUUGCAAGAUGUUCCUCAGCAAGAGACCGGGGGAGAUUGUGGGAUGUUCACAAUAACAUUUAUAGAGGUGUUAAGUGCAGGAAUGCCAAUAAAACUUAUUAAGCAAGAAGACAUGAUGUUUUACAGGAGAGAAUUCGCAAUCGAGUCAUACGGACAACAUUUUUAA